UAGCAGCCGCAGCUCACCAUCCCGACGGAAACCCGAAGGACCCCAACCACUGCCCUCGCAGACACACAAGAGAGGUUCGUGCUCCUGCAGCCCGCCCCGCGACACGCUCCCCCCGAGAUCUCCCACAGCUCGCGGCAGCAGAUCCGCGCCGCCGCAGCCCCACCCGCGCGGUCUCCGGCCCGGAUCCCGGCGAUGUCGGGGACGGAGGCCUUCGAGGCCUACUUCCGCCGCGCGGAUGCGAACCAGGACGGCCGCAUCAGCGGCCAGGAGGCCGUCGCCUUCUUCCAGGGCGCCAGCUUGCCGCAGCAAGUCCUCGCCCAGGUAUGGAUGCACGCCGAUCAGAACAAAACCGGCUUCCUCGGCCGGCCGGAGUUCUUCAACGCGCUGCGCCUCGUCACCGUGGCGCAGAGCGGGCGCCAGCUUACGCCCGACAUAGUCCAGUCUGCGCUGUAUGGCCCUGCCGCUGCGAGAAUUCCACCUCCGAAGAUAGCCAUGGGGCCAUCCCCUCCACAGGUGGGCGAGGCGGGUGCUCCUAGGCCCCAAGGUAACGCUGCGAUGACACCCGCCCCGGGGCAGGUUGGAGCCGCGCAGCAGAUGAAUCCCGCCGCGACUCCUAGGCCCCAAGGUAAUGCUGCGAUGGCACCUGGUCCGGCUCCGGUCGGAGCUGCACAGAUGAAUUCCGCUGCUGCUCCUAGGCCCCAGGGAAGUGGUAUGAUGCCGACUUCCACUCAAUUUGGCGGUGCACCGCAGGUGAAUGCUGGAGCUGUUCCAAGACCCCAAGGCAUCAAUUCGAUGAUGCCGGCUGCAAGCCACGGCGGCGCUAUGCCGCCAACUCAGUUUACAGGGCCGAGGGCUCCUCAAUCACAGUCUCCUAACAUGGGCUUUAAUCAACAGCUGCCCCCUUCAAGUACUGGUUUCAUGAGGCCACCGCAGGUGGGAGCUCUCCCAACAUCACUUCAAGCAACUGGAAUGAAUCAAAGUCCGCUGGGUGGAGGCAGCAUGGGAGGAUCAAUUGGUUGGCAAGGAGGUAAUGUUGGUUCAGUUGGAGGCAUCUCACAACCUUCUCCAGGAGCAGCUGUUCCUUCACAGGCAACAUCAGGUGGAUUUAGCACAAUGGGCAUGGCUCCUGGACUGCAGGCACAACCACUGUCUACUUCGCCGUUGCCUCCACAGAGCAACAGUGCUGUAUUGCCUCAAGAUUCUAGAGCUUUGGUGCUAUCUGGAAAUGGCCCUGCGAGUGGCUCGGGAACAAGCCCUGACAUCUUCUCUGCUCUUUCUCAGACAAAGCCGAGUAUACCCACACCUGCACCUCCGACAAGCAUGAUGCCCAACUCAUCCAGUUUUAUGUCCACACCAACUGGCUCCCAGAACCUGGCUAAUUUGACACAGUUUGGUUCUCUUCAAGGUACUCCAACAGCGAGUUAUGGUGGCAGCCAACCUCAACAGACACAGCCUACCACAAAGCCGAGUGUUCAAGUACCAGGUGUCUCUGCUGGGGUUUCAAAUUCUACUUCUCAAUGGCCAAAAGUUAAUCAAUCUGACAUCCAGAAGUACACUAAAGUUUUUGGAGACGUGGAUAGGGACCGAGAUGGCAAAAUAACUGGCACAGAAGCUCGCACUCUGUUCCUCAGUUGGAGACUUCCAAGAGAUGUACUGAAGCAAGUGUGGGACUUAUCCGACCAAGAUAAUGACGGCAUGCUUUCUCUGAGAGAGUUUUGCAUUGCUCUUUAUUUAAUGGAGAGGCAUCGAGCUGGAACUCCUCUGCCUCCAGCGCUCCCUGACUCUCUUAAAUAUGAUGAAACCCUGUUACGAGCAACAGGCUUGCCUUCAACCGCAUACAAUGCCCCAUCGUGGCAACAGAAUCAAGGAUUACCGCAUAGGGGCCCUGGGGCACCUGGGUUGCCUACUAGUGGUGUACGGCCACCCUUGCCGUCGCAUUUGCAUUCACAGACUGAUGGGGCCACAAGAUCAGGGCAACCAAGACCGCACAUGCCUGGUAUGGAUAAUCACGCAGCAGCUCAAGGAAGCAGAGACCACAGAAGUGGGGUAAACUCAGCUGCACACGAGGUAGCUGAUGCUCCUAAGAAGGUUGAGGUGGAGAAGCAGAUUCUAGAUUCCAGAGAGAAACUAGAGUACUACCGCACAAAAAUGCAAGAUCUUGUCCUGUAUAAAAGUCGGUGUGACAAUAGACUGAAUGAGAUCACAGAAAGGGCGUCUUCUGAUAAACGUGAGGUGGAAUCAUUAUCUAAAAAAUAUGAAGAGAAGUACAAGCAAGUGGCAGAGUUAGCUUCCAAACUGGCAGUUGAGGAAGCUGCAUUUCGUGAUGUUCAGGAAAGGAAAGUGGAGCUCAACGAUGCAUUAAUUAAAAUGGUACAAGGUGGAAGUGUUGAUGGUUUGCUUCAGGUACGAGCUGACCGAAUCCAAUAUCAAUUAGAGGAGAUGGAGAAAGCUUUUAGCGAACGGUGCAAGCACUUUGGACUGCAUUUCAAGCCCUCUGCGUCAGUUGAGCUUCCUUUUGGUUGGGAACCUGGGCAGCAAGAGGGAGCAAUUGAGUGGGAUGAAGACUGGGAUAAAUUUGAGGAUGAAGGGUUUGGUCUUGUAAAGGACAAUGGUACGAUUGUUGAAAACCCAGCAUCUGCUGAAAAUGCAAAAUCAUCAUCUCUCUGGGAUGAUGGUGUCUCUAUGGACGAGAUGUCUAAUGGUCACAUCAAGGAUGUGAGACAUUACAGAGCUGGUGAUCAAGUGCCUGAGAGCGAAUUAGGGUAUGAUUUUGGUGACGAAUCUGUAAGGAGUCCUGGCAGUGCUGGAAGAAGUGCCUCUGGAAGUCCAUUUAAGUCUUCCCAUUAUGGGAUGCAUGACUCGUCUCCCAGCAAAAAAGGAACAUACAGUGAUCAUGGUGGUUCUGAGUCUGUUUUUGGUGACAAUUAUGCCGAUGAAACUUCAUGGAACUUUGACGACCAAGAUACUGAAUCUGUUUGGGGAUCUAAUGCAAUGAAUACUGAGACUGACCAUCAUGGAAGCAGCACACAUAACUCUUUCUUUGGGUCAGAUGACUUUGGUGGAAAUCCUGUUAGAGUGGGCUCUCCAAGCGGUGCUAGUGUCUAUGGAAAGAAAAGCACAUUCUUUGAUGAUUCUGUUCCAAGUUCCCCUGCAUACACGUCUGGCUUCUCACCAAAAUUCGGUGAAAGUCGUGAUGAUAGCUCCUCUUAUAACUUUGGAAGGUUUGAUUCCUUCAGAUCCCAAGACAGUGUCGUCCCUCAGGAGACUCGCUUCUCCAGGUUUGAUUCCAUGAGCAGCUCCAAGGGCGAGAAUGUAGCAGGAUUUGAUUCAUCCAAUAGCUCAAGAAAUUUUGGCCGGUUUGAUUCUUUUGAUGAGGCCGAUCCAUUUGGUUCGACCGGACCCUUUAAAGCAUCAGGAGGCCGAUCGCCACCCAAAUUCUGAUAUGUAUGUGUGGUAUUACAAAGAUUUGUCUCUGACAAGUUUUCAUUUCUCAAAACAAGGCUCAGAUUCUUCGAGGAAACUACAGCACAACGGAUCAUUUUUUCAUUGGCUUGUUCUUCUGUUCCCCGUGUGCAUUUUUCCUGUUUAUCCCACACGUACAAAGUGGACAUUUCGUCUGUGUUUGUAAAGUAUCCUGAGAUUGCCUUUUUUUUUUGUUUAUAGUGACGACAUGUACUCAUGAUGAGCAGGUCCUGUUUCUUUUGCACAAUAUACAAAUGCCAAAGUUGGUAGCUCUCAUCUGUCAUCCAUCAUGUUGUGCAAGGAACUGGGGGCAUCUUUAGCAUUGUAUGCUCUGUACUGGUUUAGAUGUGAUCUUUUUUCUAUAACUAAAGUAAAUAUUGUACUGUCCCCAUGAUCUUUCGUGUAAUCCAUUACUGCUUUUUGAAGAAUUUGAACUGGGGGAUUUA